GUUAGGACAGAAAUGUUGGAACAUGUUGUGGGUCGUUAUGUGAUUGUGCUCUCACUAAAUUUAUUUAUACAAAAACGUGUUUUGAAAAUGCAAGAAAAAUCUUGAAUGUUUAUUAAGAGUAAGUCUAAACAUUGAUAUGAAAAGAGAGAUUAGGCCAUGUCUCCUGAGGAAAAACAGUUUGGGUUUACAUGGGCAGUGGCUUAUCAAGCAGCUAUAUGAAUACAUUGAAUUCAAGCUGCAUUACUGAGACGAUGCUCCACUCCAACAUCACAGACUCUGUGACUGGAGGACUGAAUCUCUCGGUGGACUUCGACAGUCCUGUCGACUAUCUCAUUUUUAUUUUCCAAUUUUUAUUCGCUACGACUGCUGUUCUCGUAGCCGGACCUGUAGUCAUCACCAUCUUAGUCACCAGAGCGCUCCGCCUUCAGAAUAGGUUUAUAUUCAUGCUGAACACCAGUAUCUGUGAUACGCUGGUUGGGUUUUCAGUGUAUUAUGUUGGUCUGUUUGAUGUUCAGGAGGGAUACCCGUCUAGAAAUGGAACUUAUAAUAUGUUACCUUCACUUCUAGGGGUAAACAUAAUGACAUUUUUAUUUGCACAGUUUGACCGCUAUUUUGCAGUUUGUCAUCCUUUCAUCUACACGCGCUUUAUAACCCGGCGGGUGGUUAUCUCUGCAAAUGUUUAUUGCUGGUUUCAUGUCUAUUUUCAGUCGAUCAUUACUAAUUUCUUGCCACUUUCCAAAGCGAUACAGCUGUAUGUUUUCAGUAUUGUAACCUUACAAGUCAUUGUGUUCACCAAAGUGGUCAUGACUAUCAAACUGUAUGUUGUUGCCAGAUUCCAGCUUGAAAGAGACCCUCCCAGCGCGGAGAAAGAAAGCAACAAGGAAUCACUGAAAAUAAUCAUUUUUGUUGUCAUAAGUUUCUUGGUGUUGUGGUGCCCUUCUUUUGUUAAUAUCGUCCUCAGACUGGUGAUAGGAAGAGGGCUGACAUUUAAGAAUGAAGCCACUAAUCUUUUCGCCAUCAUGGCUCGUUUCAACGCUGUGUGCACACCGACGGUGUAUCUGUGGGGCAGUCCGGCUCUGAGAGAAGCCAUGGUGAGGACAGUGUGGGGAAGAGUGUGCCCGAGAUGCAAGAGGAGAAUUGGCUCCUGUCCUACGAAGGGAAAUAGAAAAGGAAGGCCGAUGAAGAUUCACUGACUGUGAGACCUCUGAAAGACUCCGUCAGCAACUACUGCAAGUUUUCUAGUGAUAAAGGCCUCUAUUACAACU